UGAUUUUGCAUUUCCAGAAGGACCAGGUUCGAUCCCAGGCUCUGACAGUCAGCUAGGGCACACUGCUCUGGAUGGCUGUGCUCAGCACAGCCAUCCAGCGCAGUGUGCUUAUAGUGAAGCACCAAGCACACUGCCCCCUAGUAAAACACUCCCUGCACAUAUUUAAUCCUUGGAUCACCCCUCAUGUUAACCCCUUCCUGCCCAGUGCCAUUAGUACAGUGUCAGUGCUUUUUUUUUUUUGAUCACUGUAUUGUUGUCACUGGGGAUGUCAGUGACACCAAGUCAGUUCCCCCCAGUGUCAGAAUGUCCACCGCAGUCCCGCUAUAA